ACGUAACAACAACAACGAUUCUUCAUCUGUGGGAGUGAUAAACAAAGCGUACGAUAUUGCAUUUUCAUAAAAAUUAUUCAUUGAUUUUGUGGUUAUUUAUAAUUGGCGCUGGUAGAUUAUACGACCUUUUAAUUAAGCGUUUGCAUAAUGGCUAAAGAAGACAUAUCACUGCCGGUGGAAAUGGGGAAACUUGAAAUUCAACCUGUGAAAAGCAUAAACAAUACUGAUGCAAACCCAUUUUUUCACUCACAGCCACAGCAAAGAAGACAUUUGCUCCCAAGAAGCACUCAAACAUUAAGGUGCCAUUGCUCGGCCCAAAGAAACAAAAGUUCCAUGUCAAUCUGUAAAAAGAAAAAUAACAACAAAAUUCUUAAAAAACCAGUCUUAAAAUUGCUACAAAACUAUUGUAAAGAUACUGAAGAAUCUCACAACUGCUGUUCAUAUCCUAAUAAAAUAGCGACUCCACUAAUAGAAGGUGUAAAUUCGGAAAAUUCUGUCUUGUGUGCACUAGUGCAAAACUGCAAUCAAUUGAGAAUAUCUUCUGAACGAGACAAUGCUGCAAUUGCAUCAUCAAGCAAUGAUACAAAAUGGUGGAAAAAAGAGUUACCUUGCAGCAGUAUUCAGAGCAGAGAAUCUGUAACGGACAAGGGUAGAGCUGGUCCCUCUUGUUCCCAGGAGGCCCUGAACCCACCAUGUGAUGUCACUAUUGAUGAAUUAGCUAGUUACUUUGAAACUUUUGUCCAUAUUCCUAAAAAAAUGUCUUCUAUGGCUGAAAUGAUGUAUAUUUGAACUAGGGAACUCGCAGACCUUGUGUUCAAUUAGUGGCCCAUUAUUACAGGCCAUUUUCUUCAGUUUUGUUACUUGAAAAACAAACACUAAACUUGUUUGGUAAUUAAAAUUAAUUUUUAUGUGGUAUUAUUAAUGAUAAUAAUGGUAUUUAUUAUUUCACAUUUAUGUAGUCUGUCAAAGCUAACUUUGCACCAAUUUGAAUAGAAAGUGAGGAAGUGACAUUAUAAACAUCAUAUUUUCAUAGACAUUUGACAUUAAUGAUGACAUUGCCACACUUAUUGCAAAAUUAGCUUGGUUCUGACUAUGCUACUUUUUAUGUCAUGUUAAGCAAUAUAAAUCUUAUAUAGUUCAAUAGAAUCUGAUACAUGUAGAUUUUGCAAAUAGGAAAAAAUUAUUACUAUUUUUCUAUUUUAGAAUAUUUUGGCUGCUACACUAAAAAAGUGUUAAUCAAACCUUAUUAUGGUUCAAUCCUAAUGUGUAUAUAAUUACUUUGUUUAUAAUUGGUGCCACCUCUGAUAAAAGUGGGUUAUGAAAAAAAACUAGGUAUAUUUGUAAGUAGAUAAUCCAUUAUGCAAGUAAUUCUUUUCUCUCUGUCUGGUUGCUUUCCUUGGCUAGACAACUGAACCAAUUUUUAUUUUUUGAUGAAGAUUUGCAUUUAGAAAGCAUAAGCCCUAGGAUGACACAGGCAACUUUAUAUUUGGAAAUACAAGGGGAAGGGAAAACUGACAGACACAGACAGUUUUAAAAUAUUAAUUAUGCAGCUUAAUGUUGCAAGUUUUAUAAUUGAUUCAAACCAUUAUUAAUUAAAUUGAAUGUGUAAAUAUAUAGGUACCAAUUGUUGAACAAUAAAAUAUUUUAUAUGAAAGAAAUAAAAUUAUUUUAUUGA